AUGGGCAGAGGCAGAGGAGGCUCACGCACCCAGAGACGCCACUUCCGCCAGAACAGAGAGAACGUCUGGAAGCGCACCAAGCCCGAUCCUUCCUCUGAAAACCCAACUGAAAACAAUGGGGGCGACCCUUCUUGGCAGCCCUUUGCUACCCAGAGCCUUGCAUUCGAGGAGUACUACAAGGAGCAAGGGAUUGUUGCCCCAGAAGAGUGGGAUUUGUUCAUGGAAUUUCUCCGAAAGCCGCUGCCGGCUGCUUUUAGGAUCAAUUCAAGUAGCCAGUUUUGUUCGGAUAUUCGGACCCAGUUGGAGAGUGAUUUUAUGAUAUCUCUUCAAUCUGAGGUGAGUGAAGGGGGUGAACCGCAGCCUAUUAGGCCGUUAGCUUGGUACCCUGAGAAUCUUGCUUGGCAUUCAAAUUUUUCUCGCAUGCAGCUGAGGAAAAAUCAAACUCUCGAGAGGUUUCAUGAGUUUUUAAAGCUUGAAAAUGAGAUUGGAAACAUCACAAGACAGGAGGCUGUCAGCAUGGUGCCUCCUCUAUUCCUUGAUGUACGUCCAGAACAUUUUAUACUUGAUAUGUGUGCUGCCCCAGGUUCAAAAACAUUCCAAUUGCUCGAGAUAAUACACAGAUCAACAAAACCAGGACUCCUACCUGAUGGACUGGUUGUAGCGAAUGAUCUUGACGUCCAAAGGUGCAAUCUACUCAUCCAUCAAACAAAAAGAAUGUGCACAGCUAACUUGAUAGUCACAAAUCAUGAAGCUCAGCACUUCCCUGGCUGCCGUUCCAACAAAAAAAGCUCUAGUGCUCCCGAAAUAGGAAUUGAAUUGGAGCCACCCAUCAGUCAACUUCUCUUUGAUCGUGUUUUAUGUGAUGUCCCUUGUAGUGGCGAUGGUACACUCCGCAAGGCUCCUGAUAUCUGGAGGAAAUGGCAUUCAGGUCAUGGCAACGGGUUGCAUGCUCUACAAGUUCAGAUAGCUAUGCGAGGUUUAUCUUUGCUGAAAGUUGGUGGAAGAAUGGUUUAUUCUACGUGCUCUAUGAAUCCAGUUGAGAAUGAGGCUGUGGUUGGUGAGAUUUUGAGGAAAUGUGGGGGAUCUGUUGAGCUCAUUGAUGUCUCCAGCGAGCUUCCUCAACUUGUCAGGCGGCCAGGUCUUAAAAGAUGGAAGGUACGUGACAAGGGCAAAUGGUUAGCUUCAUCUAAAGAUGUCGGCAAAUAUCGCACAAAUGCCAUUGGCCCUGGCAUGUUUCCAUCUGGAAGAAACCUUGCACGAUCAAUGGACCACAGUGGUAGUAUGGAACAGGAUGAAAAGCAUGAGAAUGGUGAAGAUGAAAAUGUUGUAGAAGUAUUGCAGUCAAGUGAGGAUGCUGUAAUCUCUGACGAUGAGGAAGUUUCUCCUUUUCCACUUGAACGGUGCAUGAGGAUAGUUCCACAUGAUCAAAAUGGUGGAGCUUUCUUCAUUGCAGUCCUCCACAAGCAUUCCCCUUUGCCAGCCAAUCAAGGGACAGCUAACCAUCUUGAAGGGGCCUUGUGUUCUACAAUUAACGAGCAAAUCGUAAAUUUACCAACUCUGGAUACUGAAAAUACAAAUGGGUUACUAGCUAGUUUAGCAGAUGAUACAGAUGAGACAAUUACAGAAGCUGCCUCAGAGGCAGAGUUAAUUGAGGGUGAACAAGAUGGGGUUACCUUGGAACUCGAUACUUCUGGUAAGAGUGAAGAAAAUGGAUCAGAGGCAAACCAAGUGCCUGAUGAUGGGGAAGCCGAUCCAAAGAAAACUCGAGGAAAAAGAAAGCAGCUUCAAGGUAAGUGGAAAGGAGUGGACCCUGUUGUUUUCUUUAAAGAUGAAGCCGUCAUCAAUGCCAUAAAGACAUUUUAUGGAAUUGACGAAUCAUUUCCAUUCAACGGCCACCUUGUCACAAGAAACAGUGAUACCAAUCAUGUGAAGAGAAUUUACUAUGUCUCAAAGCCAGUUAAAGAUGUUCUUGAACUGAAUUUCUCUGUUGGAGAGCAACUUAAGAUAACAUCCAUUGGGCUUAAGAUGUUUGAACGACAAACAGCAAGUGUUGCAAGUUGUGCACCUUGUGCAUUCCGGAUAUCAUCUGAAGGAUUGCCACUUAUUCUUCCGUACAUCACCAAACAGAUACUAUAUGCAUCCCCCGUUGACUUCAAGCAUAUUCUUCAAUAUAAAAGUAUCAAGUUUUCUGAUUUUGUUGAUGCUGAAUUUGGUGCGAAGGCAUCGGGUUUAAUGCUGGGUUGCUGUGUGUUAGUUUUGGGCAAAGAUGGAAAAUCCACGUUGGAUCCUAUUCAGGUAGACGAGUCAACAAUAGCCAUUGGAUGCUGGAAAGGUAAGAAUAGUUUGUCUGUGAUGGUCACUGCACUCGACUGCCAAGAACUGCUGGAAAGGCUUUUGAUGCGCAUUGAGACUAGAAACGGAAAUUUGGUGAGUAAAGACGAGGCUUCUGAUGGUAAGGUGGAUGUGGACAUGAAGGAUAUGGAAAAGCAUUUGCUCUUAGCUGGGAUCACUUGAGCUGGGCCUGGGACGAGGAUCUUCUUACCUGCCAGAGAUGCAGGGUUUCCAUUGCUUUGGUUUUCGCUAGCAGCCAGGUGCUUCUUGUUAACAAUGUUGAAUAUCUCUGUCAACACAGUUGAGAAGGCAGUCUCAACAUUAGUUGAUUCCAAUGCUGAGGUCUCCAAGAAAAAGAGUCCUUCCUUUUGAGCGAAUUCUUUGGCAUCUUCAGUUGG